UGGCCUGCUGCCCAGCCAAGGCCUGAGGUGCAGUCCAGCGGUGGGACAAGAACCACCAGACAGGUGUGAGGGGACAGCAAAAGCUUUUCAGACUCAUAUCCUCUCGGGACCUGAGUUUCCUGAGGUCACUUCACCCACAGCAGGAGGACAAUGGCCGAGCUGAAGUACAUUUCAGGAUUUGGGAACGAGUGUGCCUCGGAGGACCCUCGGUGCCUGGGUGCGCUGCCUGAAGGACAGAAUAACCCUCAGGUUUGCCCGUACAACCUGUAUGCUGAGCAGCUGUCGGGAUCGGCGUUCACUUGUCCAAGAAGCUCCAAUAAAAGAAGCUGGCUGUAUAGGAUCCUGCCUUCCGUUUCUCACAAGCCUUUUGAAUCCAUCGACCAAGGGCAUGUCUCACACAACUGGGACGAGAUGGAACCUGAUCCCAACCAGCUCAGGUGGAAGCCCUUUGAGAUUCCAAAAGCCUCUCAGAAGAAAGUGGACUUUGUGGGCGGUCUGCACACCUUGUGUGGGGCUGGAGACAUCAAGGCUAACCAUGGACUUGCCGUCCACAUGUUCCUGUGCAACACCUCCAUGGGGAACAGGUGUUUUUACAAUUCUGAUGGGGACUUCUUAAUUGUUCCCCAGAAAGGGACCCUUCUCAUUUACACCGAGUUUGGCAAGAUGCUGGUGGAGCCCAAUGAAAUCUGCGUCCUUCAGAGAGGAAUGAGAUUCAGCAUAGAUGUCUUUGAGGAGACCAGAGGUUAUGUCCUGGAAGUCUACGGCGUCCAUUUUGAGUUACCUGACCUGGGACCCAUUGGGGCCAACGGCUUGGCAAAUCCUCGUGAUUUCUUGAUACCUGUUGCCUGGUUUGAAGAUCGCCACGUGCCAGGUGGUUACACUGUCGUUAAUAAAUACCAGGGCAAGCUGUUUGCUGCCAAACAGGAUGUCUCCCCGUUCAACGUGGUGGCCUGGCACGGGAACUACACGCCCUACAAGUACAACCUGGAGAACUUUAUGGUGAUCAACGCAGUGGCCUUUGACCAUGCAGACCCAUCCAUUUUCACUGUGUUGACUGCCAAGUCUCUCCGCCCUGGAGUGGCCAUCGCUGAUUUUGUCAUCUUCCCACCUCGCUGGGGGGUCGCUGAUAAGACCUUCAGGCCUCCUUAUUAUCACAGGAACUGCAUGAGUGAAUUCACGGGACUCAUUAAAGGCCGUUAUGAGGCAAAGCAAGGUGGCUUCUUGCCAGGAGGAGGCAGCCUGCACAGCGCCAUGACCCCCCAUGGACCUGAUGCCGACUGCUUUGAGAAGGCAAGCAAGAGCAAGCUGGUCCCCGAGAGGAUUGCCGACGGCACCAUGGCAUUUAUGUUUGAGUCGUCCCUAAGUCUGGCUGUCACCAAGUGGGGGCUCAAGAUUGCCAAUUGUAUGGAUGAGAACUACCACAAGUGCUGGGAACCUCUCAAGAGUCACUUCACCCCCAACUCCCGGAAUCCAGCAGCACCCUAGAAGAUUUCUAGCACACGGGAGAAUGGAUUUGCAGUUUUCCUCAAGAAUCUUGGGCCCUCGAGUAGAAUUGGAGGAAGGGCCUGGUCAAAAUGAGAAUUAACUUUGUCUCUGCCAAGUAACAUGAAAUAUUUGCAAAAAAAAAAAAACAUGCUUGGAAAAUUCUAUGGCUGACAGUUUAAUUACUCAAUAAAUAAUGUCUGCUGUUUUGUG